AAGUGCAACACUGAAACCUUAAUCAUGGUAAUAAUUUCAAAACACCAUCACUAUGCUAAUGUCCAAUUUGUCAUUUUCCUACCACUUUGCUCUCUACAUGGCCUAAUUAUAUAGGCAUGCUAUUUGCUAACUAAAAUCUACUGGGGUUAUUUAAUUUGAAUAAUUCGGUAAUUCCUAAGUUGCCUUUAGUAGGAGAUUCUGCAUUGUGGAUGUUGGAUUUGUACUAUUGCACAAUCUUGGGCUUUAAAAGCUGUUCAGAGUUAGGUGGAAUGCAUAAAAGGCUCAGCAAUAGAGUUCUGGAGUUUAGUGCUGUGACUGUGACAAAACUUUGAUUGAAUCAUUGUCAAUUGGAAACUCUUCACAGGUAGAGAACUACUACUGGAGAUGAUAAGAUUGGUUGACAACAUAAAAAACUAAAAGGCACAUACUUCAUAGAUGUAUGUAAAUUAUUUGAUGAUGCUUAAAAUUACAUAGGUAAGCAUCAUAGGGAGGAUUAGUUGAUAGAGAUGCUGGAAGGUGGUAUAUUGAUGUCUUUUCAGACACUGAAUCCCCUUCCACUUCUGAUAGGCACUGCUUUUAGGAAGAGGAAUCAUCAGUGCAAAGCAAGGACAAAUUCUUCAAGCACAUCUUUGCAGCUAUCAUCUAAAGUUCCACUCACUGAUAGAAGUGGAAACAGUUGGGAGCAAGGCUCAAACACUAGCGUGAUAACACGGCCAAACACUGUUGGAGUCAUAGGAGGUGUAUCAGUUCUUUCAACUCUCAUUUUCUUGGAGAAGCUUGCUUGUUGGAGCUCAAGGAAUGGCAAAGAGUGCCCUCCUUUUGUUGUCUGCAGUGAUCCUGUAUUGGGCAAAGUGCUUCCGAUUCGCCAUCCUUAUCGUUCUUCGCACAGGAGCAGAAUUGAUCAAGUCAAGAUGAAUCAGGAAUUGGUGAUUGAGAAUUUGCGGCGCAAGAGGAACAUUCUUCAGCUGUCUGGAGCUGGCUGUUUUGUCAUGCCAUGCCAUCUAUCACAUGCUUGGCACAGUGAGAUAUCUGAGGAUUCUUCAUUGCCUUUCCUUCAUGUUGGUGAGUGCAUGGCCAUGGAGCUCAAGAACUCCAAUUUGAAGCCAAUUCACGCUUCGAGCAGCGUUCGUAUCGGACUGCUGACCACAGAUUCAGUUUUGGUAGCUAGUUAUUAUCAGCAUAAGCUUCAAAAUCAGGGAUUUGAAGUGGUGUUGCUAGACAAAGCAACUGAGGAACACAUGAUGGUUCCGGCAGUGGAGGCAUUGAACAGAAAGGACAUUGAAGGGGCAAGGAAUUUACUUAGAAUCGCCAUUCAUGUGCUUUUGAUGAGGGCAGUGAAUGUGGUGAUUCUGGCAUCUGAUGAUUUGGUUGGGAUUCUCCCUCACAAUGAUCCUCUCCUCAGAAAAUGUAUAGACCCCAUGGAUGCUUUGGCCAGGUCAACUAUACAAUGGGCAGAAACAACACAAGAGGUACAAGAGAAAUUUUAGCAUUCAUUUCUUGUAAAAAUCUAGCAUAAUGAUCGGAGAAUUUCAUGUAAGAAAGCAAGCCCCAUAUGGAAAGAAUUUGUUGUGUUGUGUGAAAAUUUGUUGUUAUAUCAAUUGCAAGAAUAACUGGGUUAAAUCAUA